UUGUUGUGCACAUAAGGUAAGUGAAUCCUCAUUCACACUGUCAGCAGCUGAGAACAACAACUAGUGGUUGGAAUAUAUUUCACCAUGGACGGAUUAGUACAUAUUCACUGAUAUUCAUCGCAGAAUGAAUAUUGAACUCAUACUUAUAACUCACAUAACCUCAGGGCAGUCACUGUGUGAGGUUUACAUGAAAGCAUUAGCUUGCAACUCUGUUGGAAUUACGACCAUACCCAAAAUGAAGACUUACUAGUCGUCAUGUAGAAAUAUUCCAAAAGAAAUAGGCAGACUAUGUUGAGUUAGGCGUAAACUGCCUUAUCUAUCCUACGAGGUCUAUUUAAAGAGACUGGAUAACUUUGCAGUUAUCUUGCUUUGGGGCAGAGAAUGAAUUAGUACCUAUAGUAUUUUUAAAAAGGAGACUUUGAUCACUGUUGUCUCCCAUAAGGCCUGCUAUUUCCAAAUCAUCCAUAAUUAUCAGGAUUCAUUAAUCAAGAAAGUUGAAUUUCUGAUUACCAUUUUCAUAAUACAAACAACUACGAAUGCACUCUUGGACUGAAUGAUUGUGUGUAGUGAUAGGAGAAAAAACAACUUACUUAUUAUUUCCCAUUUCCCUCCUUCUAAAUACCAAAAUGACUGCAUAUCAGCCUCAAACUCAUAUGGUAAGCAGGAACCAUCUCUAGAAAUCACACUUGAAUAUUACAUAAUUGUGAUUUCUGGAAGUAAUAUUAAACUUCGCUUUUAGAUGACUAUAGAGUUCAUGACCGGUAGCUAUUACCUUGAAGUGGUAGUCGUGCUUGCAUAUUCAAAUGAUCUAACGAGCUACGUUGGCUGAAACAAUCUUUCCUCCAGGUUCUACCCUACCAGGAAGUUCGUUUGGAUGGCUAUUAGAGUAAAAGCAGGUACUAUCAUAGUGUAAGUCGCUCACACUCUGUUGGCAGUAUGCGGGAAAAAUCGUACUGCUGGCGAGUAGGAGUGUAACGUAAGCAAUCUGUUUCCCGUGGACGAGCAGCAAGCCAGGCAUGCUGCCUCUUCACUCUGAAAAGAUAGGGUUAGAAUAGUCCGACUCUGGAAAUUGUACUUCCUGACUCAUUUCGGGUCAGUCCGUAGCCAGUGCUCAGAUUUCCAAACAGACACAACUUCGAAAAUCUCUUCAAAGAGGCCAUGUUUAGUCCGUCUCUGCGGCUCCGUGGUCAUGUAACACUUAUGUUCUAGAUAUCCCAAGACCUUAAAUCUGACCCUACUUGCGCGAAUGUCUGAUUAACAAAUAUUGUUUUUUGAAUUAGUGUUUCGGUACGUCUUUGUACCGGUGAACAAAGCAGCCUGGAUGAAAGUGAGGGUAUAGACUUGCUGGUAAGCUAAGUAAGAAAUAGUAGUGAGAAAGUAAAGGAGAAACUUGAGCAUAGUCUCGAAUGAUAUGCGUGCUAGUGGUAUUUGGGAUUUACACUUGCUUCCCAUUAUUGUGAUAAUGUGAAGGGCAAACCUACUCAAAUUGUUUCUUUCUUUUCGCAUCUGAGGAUAUCAAACAUUUAUUUUUUAAUUUUCAGAAUAAUCACUAAACAUUGUCAUAGUGAUUUCUUACUGGUGCUGUAGAUUAUGUAUUCAUAUUCAGAAAGUGAAGGCCGAACUCCCCUACUUUCUGAUGAAUCAUGUACAAUGCAGCUAGUUCCAGCACAUUCUAGUCAUCGAAUUCGCAAUUCCUCACAUGUAAAUGAUUUCGAGGAAACAGUCAGCGUCGAUACAACUGGGGAAAAAUCUGGAUUCAGUUUUCGACGAUUAUGGGCUUUCACAGGUCCUGGUUUUCUUAUGAGUAUUGCUUAUUUGGAUCCUGGGAAUAUAGAAUCAGAUUUACAAAGUGGAGCCAUUGCCAAUUAUAGGCUUUUAUGGCUACUAUUCCUGGCCACAUUGAUGGGAUUAUUUUUGCAGCGAUUAGCUGCUCGUUUGGGUGUCGUUUCGGGUAGACAUUUAGCUGAAGUGUGUUAUGAUGAAUAUCCUGCACCUGCACGUAUUAUACUCUGGUUAAUGGUGGAAAUUGCAAUUAUUGGAUCAGAUAUGCAAGAAGUUAUUGGUACAGCAAUUGCUAUUAAUUUAUUAAGCGCUGGUUAUGUACCAUUAUGGGCUGGUGUGCUAAUCACUAUUUUGGAUACAUUCACUUUCUUGUUUCUUGAUAAAUAUGGUCUGCGUAAAUUGGAAAUGUUCUUUGGUUUCUUGAUUACUGUUAUGGCUGUAACAUUUGGUUAUGAGUAUGUUGUAGUAAAACCUGAUCAAAGACAACUUUUACGUGGACUAUUUGUGCCUUCAUGUCCUGGUUGUGGUUGGCCUGAGUUAGAACAAGCUGUCGGCAUUCUUGGUGCUGUUGUAAUGCCUCAUAAUUUCUAUCUACAUUCUGCUCUCGUCAAAUCACGCAAUGUCGAUCGAACUAAUCCAUCCGCGGUACGUGAAGCAAAUAUGUAUUUCUUUAUUGAGUCAGCGUUGGCAUUAGUUGUUUCACUUAUGAUAAAUAUAUUCGUUGUCUCAGUUUUCGGUGCUGGAUUCUAUGGGAAGAAUACAACACAAGUGUUUGAAAAUUGCACACUCCAAGGACACAUUCCCGUUCGUUUCACAGAUGCAGCUUCUACUUUCCAACCGGAUAGCGUAGAUCUUUACACUGGAGGUAUAUUUCUAGGUUGUGAAUUUGGUCUGGCUUGUCUUUAUAUCUGGGCUAUUGGAAUAUUAGCAGCUGGACAAUCGUCUACAAUGACAGGAACUUAUUCCGGACAAUUUGCUAUGGAAGGCUUUUUAAACUUAAAAUGGAAACGUUGGCAAAGAGUACUGUUAACACGAUCCAUAGCUAUUUUGCCAACUAUUCUAACAACUGUAUUCAAAGGUAUUGGUGAUUUAACUGAUAUGAAUGAUUUAUUGAAUGUAUUAAUGAGUGUUCAGCUUCCAUUCGCUGUUAUUCCAUUGCUCACAUUUACAAGUAGUAAAGCAGUUAUGGAGGAGUUUAGUAAUUCUAUUCCAGUAAUGAUCUGUGCCAACUUGAUAUCUUUGGGAGUUGUAUCAGUUAAUCUCUUCUUGGGUAGUGUUGUGAUCAAAGCUCGUCUACCGCAUCAUUGGGGAGUAUAUCUAGGCACAGCGAUACUGUUCGCUUUCUACUUAGGAUUCAUAUUCUAUCUGAUUUGGUUUGGAAUCCGUCAUGUAUAUCAGUCAAGAAAGCGUCCUAUGACUGUUCCAGCGUUAGGUUCCCAUGACAAUUUGGAUAGUGAUGGAUCUAUAUAUAGUACAUCUUUUGAGAAGAGUAUUUAUAAAAAGAAAGCGAUCCAAUCAUAG